AUGUUGGGCAAACGCAAGCACGCUGCCUCUGCCUCUGCCUCUGCCUCUGCCUCUGGACCAGGCGUCAUGAUGGCCAGCGUCCAGAAACCACUUCCCGCGCCAGACAUGGGACAGGCGCCAUCCAAUGCGUUCACCGCGAAAGGCAUCGAACGCGAGAUCCCACGAUACGUCUCCUACACGAGUCCGGUGUCCAACUUCCCCCCUAGCGACGUUUCGAGGAGCGCGACUCUGCCCUUGAACCUUGUGGCACUCAUCGUCUCCUACCUAGACGACAUUGGCGACAUUGCCCGAGUCACACGAACAUCGCGCCUUCUUUACUACAUGACCCUGCCGCAACUCUACGAGAAGGUCAACCUGCGUUCCUACGCCGACAUUCGAUAUGUCAAUGGCAGGCCGCAGGGAUUUGGCAGUGGCAGUCCAUUCCAGAUGGCGCUGAAUGGUCUUGUGACCAAGCAGCAUGGCGCAUUGGUCAAGGACUUCAGGAUCUGGGGCCAAUGGAAAGAGCUGGGCAUAGAAGACUUUGCCAAGGGACGGGUACCUGACAACUCCAUGAUGCUGACCAUCCUCCUGCGAGCGGCCACGGACAAGAUGACUAGGUUGCAGUCGUUCUGUUGGGAACUGGACUGCAAACCGUUAAAGACAUUCUACCAAGGUCUGGGCAACCACAACACACUGACAAAGUUCGUUUUGAGGUUUCCCUCGACCAGAAUGCCUAGACCGUCUGUGUUGAUACCUCCGAUGACCAACCUCAGGAUGUUUCACGCCAUGGACAUUGACCCAAUGUGCUAUCCCGACGACAUCAGUAUGCUCAUGCUGCACUCGAAGAAGUUGGAAGAUGUGAGGCUACACUUCUCACCCAGAAUGAGAGCAGAGGCUGAGUCGAUCAUGAAUCUCAACAUGUUCUUCGGAAGAUGCCACAAAGCUGGCUACAAGCUCAAGCUGAAGCACUUUGGUAUACAUAACUUUUUCGGGCCCAAUGUGCUUGGUAUGGAGCAAAUCUUCGACCUCAAUGUGAAUUGCAGUGUCACGUUCCUGGACACCUUCGGUGGUAAUGACCCACGUACCAUAUUCGUGGAUGAUACCUGGAAGAAUGUUCCGCUGGACAUGUACACGAAUUUCAAAUGCGUCCGUGCCAAUGAGGUGGCCCCUGAACCUGUUCAGAUCAUGAAAAAUGCAAGAACCAAGAUGGAACGCAUGUACGUGGUGAACGAGCGGAGGAAACCAUCAGGCUUCACUCCAGAGGAUCGUAUUCAAAGUCCGCUAACGCCGAACCUGGACUCUCCAAUUGACCCGCGCAUCCGUGAACUGGGCAAGGAAUACUUGGAGACUCUGAUGCACUAUCACGGCAAUACCUUGACUCACUUGCUGCUGUCAGACCAGUGGGCGCUCUCUGCAGACGACUUGGCAGCCUUGAUCCAACACUGUCCCAACCUGGUGGAGCUCGGCUGCGCCGUGAACACUUCUGACCACACAAUGCUCGAGCUCAUGCUGCCGUUCUUGCCGCAACUUCAAGCGAUACGUAUCUUGACAAACGAGCAUUCCAUAGAGCACCUGAAUUCGUGGAGUCAUGAGGAGAGGAUGUGGAGGAUGGGCUACGAGCUAGGACAAAAGCCUCACAUCAACGUAAAGCUCAUUGGCAUCGGGAACGUUCAAUACAAGGUCGGCAACCUCGUACAGUUGAUGAGAGAAGACGGCACGGUGGAGAUGCGCCGUGAGAUGAGCAUGGCGGAUAAGGAGGAAGCUCUGAAGUGGGAAGUUUGGCGGUUGGACUGCCUGGAUCUGAGCGUUGACCCAGUCGCACCGUUCUCGCCGUGA